UACUAGUUAAUAGUUGAAACUUGAAUGAAUAAGUUAAUUUGGUUCUCCUUUUCAAAAUUUAAUUACUUGUUAAUUAAUCAAAUUAAUCCAAAGUAUUAAACUUAAAUUGUUGAGAGAAACUUUAAUUUAUUUGUUAAUAUUUAACAUCAAUUUCACUUGAUUGAAAUUUAUUCACACAAUUUUUCACAACAAUUAAAACUAAUCUUCCAAUGGGUCAACAAUCAAAUAAAUUUUUCCAAAUCAUUUUAAUUGUGAUUACUUUAAUUACAACAAUUUCAUCCUAUUCAUACACUUACAAUACACCAAGAAAACAGUAUCAACAUUUUGAUGAUUAUUUAAUCAACAAUUCCGAGCGAGUGGUUAUAGUUGAAGUUGAUAAUGAUAACCGGGAAUCAGAAUUAAUUAAUGAAAAUUCAUUAACAACAAUCAAGGAAUCGAGUACAACUCAAAGUCCAGAAAGAAAGGAUGAAAGUGAGGCCGUUCAAUGUUGUCUAUUGGGUCGAUUAGCGGGUGAACAUGGUUAUCAUUGUCACGUUAAUUUCUAUGCAGCUCGAAUAUUGGAUCGUAACGAAAAUCGAGCUCAUAAUAAGAAGAUUUAUUUCCAAGGUAAACAUCGUAUUGGACUUUAUGGUAAAUCGACAAUGAGAAAAUUUGAAUCAUGUAUUGAGAGUCAGGGCCGAAUGUUUCAUAAAUGCUGUAAGAUUUCAUCUCGAAUGAAUCUUCGAGGAUCGCGAUAUGAUACAGCGAAGAGAUUACACUCUGGUUGAUUAGAUUUAAUUGUGAAUUAAAAUUUUCAAGUUUCAUUUAAACUAA